AUCUCAAUUCCCUUUCUUUUUUGGUCUGGUUGUUGUUAUAAAAACAGAAAAUGUCGGCUCUACCGCACCGGACUGCGACAACGCACAGUAUCGCUACCAAUUCCACCAGCGACGAUGAGGGGGUUGUUGGUGAGGAUACCAGCGAGACAUCGCGGCUUUUGCUCGAGCGUCUGCAGGCAUGGAAGCAUAUGUGUGGAUAUCUAGAAGAGUAUAUUGAUGCGACGGCCAAGAUACACAAGUCGCAGGCCAAGGAUUAUGAGAAAGUGCUCAAGACUAUCAACAAUCCUUUACGAGAGGGGCAUCAUUUCGAUCAAGGAUUACAAGGGGUUGCGGGAUUAUUUGAAGUGAUGCGCAACAACACACGGGGAACAUCCAACAUGUACAUCGAACUCGAAAAGAAUCUGAAGGGUCAAGUCCUCCCAAUCCUGGAACGACUCCACAAGGAAAUCAAGAGCAAAUCCAAAGAACUCAAAUCCGGCACCACCAAAGUCUCAAAGGCAGUCGACAAGGCUCGCAGCGUUACGCAGAAACAUAUUGAGUUACUGGGUCAGUAUGCCGCUGCGUAUAGCUCGGCGGGCCACACCAAGAUUGAGCCGCAACAUGACCCUUAUGUCUUGCGCCGAGGUAUCAAUCACCGGUUGAAUAAGCAGGUUAUCGAAGAGAACAACAGUCGCAAUGAUACGAUUGCAGUACAAAAUUCGUUCGCCGCGUUCGAGGCCCAUGUUAUUGAGACUGUGCAAUUGGCCUUGAACACAUUCUUCCAGUUCGUGGGCGGUCAGUUGGAUCAGCAACGCGCGUUGUACGGAGAUAUCGUUCAAAACGCGCAGAAUAUUGCCGCCGAUUAUGAAUGGAAUCUUUUCGUCAAGCGGAACGAUGGUAUCUUGAUUGAUCCGGAGGCACCUCCCCGAUCAUUUAGCAACAUUUCCUUCCCUAACCAGGAUCAUGCCUCUACCAGACCCCUGAUUGAAGGUACGCUGGAGCGCAAGUCCCGUGCCCUGAUCAAGGGUUACAGCACUGGAUACUACGUUGUCACACCCGCACGAUACCUGCACGAGUUCAAGGACAAUGACGACUUUACUAAGGACCCCACCCCGGAGUUAUCACUCUACUUACCGGACUGCAUCAUCGGAGCGAUUGACGGCGCAAAAUUCCACGUCAAGGGUAAAGACGUCUCCAACGGCAAAGUCGGCAACGCCUUUUCGACCACGAGCGAGUUUCAGUUCAAGGCUCAUACUCCCAACGACGCCGAGAAGUGGUGGAGAGUCAUUAAGGAUGCGACUUCUUCGCCUGCUGCGGUUGAGGCUGUGCCACCACCGAUUAAUACUAAUGUUGGUCACAGUGCUAGCACUACUGCUACACCUGUUUCUGCGACCACGACUCCAGCGGGAAGUCGCAAUGUCAGCGCUACUCAUCCAGUUGAUAAGGAGGUUGCUGUUGGGUCUGGGACUGCCGAUGCUGCUCCGGGUGUGAAGCGUAGUCCCAGUCAUUAUCAUACUUCUCCGGGUGGUACUGGAGUAUAACUACAACCUUGUCUUUCGGCUAUUAUUGCUCCCUUUAUACCUUUUGGUUAAUGCGUUUGAUUUCUCACGGAUUUGAUUUGAGCACUCCAUAUUUGAAUCCAUUAUGAAUGUGAUCUUAAAUACAAUAAUCUAAUCAUAGUCUUAAUCUCUCACCCACUUCAAAACAACAAUAUCCUGCCUCCCACCACCCCCAUAUUUAUACUCUGGCAUAUCCGCACUCGCCUUUUCCAGUGUACACUCCAACACAAAUCCACAUUUUUGAACCACACCCACUGAACUCUGAUUCCCCAAAAACGCACUACUUUUUAUCGUUUGUGCAUUCAUUCUGGGUAUUGCCCAUUCUGUGAUUAGUGUGCCGAGGACGGCGCUCAUUAU